AUGUUUUCCAAUACUCCAACAACUGUUGUGGUCGGAAGAGACUCCACCGUGAUCGCAGUUAGCGGAGGUCGACAUAGCAAUGGUGCUGUCAAAUGGGCUGUGGAACACCUCCUAAAGAAGAACUCCUCAUGCAUUCUUCUUCAUGUUCGAACUAAGACCAUGCUUACACCUGAAAAUAAUAAUGAUGCACCCAAAAAUGGACGUCCACCAAAUGAAGAAGAAUUGCACCAAUUCUUUCUUCCCUUUAGAGGAUUUUGUGCCAGAAAAGGGAUAUCAACAAAGGAAUUGGUCUUGCACGACCUUGAUGUUACAAGUGCACUCAUUGCUUUCGUUGUUGACAAUUGUAUAAGCACCCUUGUUGUUGGUGCUGCUACUUCUUCCUGGGGUUCUAUUCUAAGGAGAUUUAACAAAGAUGAUGUGUCAGCUAGUUUAGCAAAAUCCUUACCAGACACAUGCAGUUUAUAUGUUAUCUCAAAAGGAAAAGUACAACAUAUUCGACCAUCAGGUCCUAUAAAAGACAUAGUCAAUUUCUUAGAAAGUGAUCCAUUGGAUCAACCACACAAAGAUCUCACCAAUAACCAGAUAGCUUUUGAAGAUAUAGAGAGGAAACUAAUCAAAGAUGUAGUGAAACACCAAUCUAAUAAACUUUGGGAAUAUUUACAUGAAGAAACAAAUUCACCAAAAAGUCCAAUUGAGUACCCUUCAUCACAAAAUUCAUCUGCAAAUAAUACUCCUGGAAAUAGUGACAGCACGGGGCAAACACUUGGUCCUCCUUUGAUUAAUAAGUUACAUGAAAACCAAAAAGUUGUGGUGAGCUUUGAUAUGCAAAUGAGGAAAUUGAAAUUAGAACUACAAAAAACUGCAGAGAUGUAUGGUAUGGCUUGCAAAGAAGCUGUUCUAGCUACACAGAAGGCAAUGGAGAUUGAAAAGUAUAGGCAAGAGAAAGAACGUGAUAUGGAGGAAGCAAAGCUUGCUCAAACGAAAAUGACUAUGGAGUCCACACAAAUGUCAAAACACUUGGUAAAAACGGAGUCUCAAAAGAGAAGGGAAGUUGAAUUGAAAUCCAAACAUGAGGAAGGAGAUACGAUUAAAGCAUUGCAGGAAGUUAUAUAUAACAAUAUUCCCUACAGAAAAUAUACAAUUGAAGAUAUUGAUGCUGCAACAAAUAAAUUCGACAAUGCUUUAAAAAUUGGUGAAGGUGGAUAUGGUCCUGUCUUUAAAGGAGUUCUUGAUCACACAACUGUUGCUAUUAAGGCUGUGAAACCAGAUUUAGCAUAUGCAGAAAAACAAUUUCAACAGGAGGUCAUUGUUUUAAGCACCAUAAGACAUCCAAACAUGGUGCUUCUCUUAGGAGCAUGUCCAGAGUUUGGGGUUCUUGUGUACGAGUAUAUGGUAAAUGGAAGCUUAGAAGAUCGUCUACUUCAAAGAGAUAACAGUCCUCCAAUCCCAUGGAAAACGCGUUUCAAAAUAGCAUCUGAGAUCGCCACCGGUCUUCUUUUUCUUCAUCAGACAAAGCCAGAACCCUUGGUGCAUCGGGACUUGAAACCAGCAAACAUUCUCUUAGAUAAGAACUAUGUGAGCAAGAUUAGUGAUGUUGGUCUGGCACGACUUGUUCCUCCUUCGAUGGCUAAUCAAACCACACAAUACCGUUUAACUGGUGCAGCUGGAACAUUUUGUUAUAUCGAUCCUGAGUAUCAACAAACAGGAUUGUUGGGUGUGAAAUCAGACGUAUAUUCAUUAGGAGUGGUGUUGCUACAAAUCAUUACAGCAAAAUCUCCAAUGGGUUUGUCACACUUGGUUGAAAAGGCUCUUAUGUCAAAUACUUUAAGUGAGGUGCUUGAUCCAAGUGUUAAAGACUGGCCAAUAGAAGAAACUUCAUCAUUCGCUAAGUUGGCCUUAAAAUGUUGCGAGUUAAGAAAACGUGAUAGACCAGACCUUGGUACUGUUGUCUUACCAGAGUUAAACAAAAUAUCGAGGUUGUGGGACGAUGAAAACAUAUAUCCCUUAAGACAUCACAUGGCUUGA